GUGCCGCAGGAGAAGGUCGCCCGCUCGCUCGCUCGCUCCGGGGGACUCCCAGGAUCUCGCUCAGCCGCUCGCACCGUCCCGAGCACUCGGGGACAUGUCGAGGUGGGCGGAGGCCCGGUGGGCCGGCGCCAGACGGCGGACGGCGGCCGCGGCACACUCGCCCUCCUCGAGCUUUCCCCGGAGACGCCUCCCUUUACACGCGCCCCGAGCCUGAAGGCGCUGCCACGGCGAAGAGGCACCGAUAGGUAGCAGGACGCACCGCUGCUGCACGGGGGAAUCUCGGGAGGCUGCAGCACCGGGAAUUUCCCCGGGAAUUUCCCCUGGAGGGGAGGAUGAAGCUGCUGGAGAACUCCAGCUUCGAGGCCAUCAACUCCCAGCUGACCGUGGAGACCGGAGACGCCCACAUCAUCGGCAGGAUCGAGAGCUACUCGUGCAAGCUGGCCGGCAUUGACAAGCAGCUCUUCAAGCAGUUCUGCCAGGAGGGGCAGCCCCACGCGCUGGAGGCCCUGAGCCCGCCCCAGAGCUCCGGCCUCAGCCCCGGCAGGCAGGGGGAGGGCCCGCUCAGUGACACGUGCAGCCGCAAGACGCUGUUCUACCUGAUCGCCACCCUGAACGAGGCCUUCCGGCCCGACUACGACUUCAGCGCUGCCAAGAGCCACGAGUUCAGCCGCGAGCCCAGCCUCAACUGGGUGAUAAAUGCCGUGAACUGCAGCCUCUUCUCGGCCGUGCGCGAGGAUUUCAAGGCGCUGAAGCCGCUGCUGUGGGACGCGGUGGAUGAGGAGAUCUGCCUGGCCGAGUGCGACAUCUACAGCUACAACCCCGACCUGGACUCGGAUCCCUUCGGGGAGGACGGCAGCCUCUGGUCCUUCAAUUACUUCUUCUACAACAAGAGGCUGAAGAGGAUCGUCUUCUUCACCUGCCGCUCCAUCAGUGGCUACGCCUACACCCGGCCGGACACCGGGACCGAGCUGGACAUGGACCUGGGCGAGGGGGACACCGAGAAGGGCGACAGCGGCGACCCCGAGGGCGGCGGCAUCGAGGAGGACAGGCUGCAGGUGAUGUGCAUGUGAGAUUCCCAGCGGGAUCCGAGACACCGGGAACGGAACCGGCAAUGGGAACGGAACCAGCAAUGGGACUGGAAACGGACUGGGAACCAAACCAGCACCAGGAACGGGACUGGGAACGGAACCGGGACUGGAACCGGGACUGGGAACGGAACCGGGAACGGAACCAGGACUGGGAACGGAACCGGGAAUGGAACCAGGACUGGGAACGGGACUGGGAAUGGAACCAGGACUGGGAACGGAACCAGGACUGGGAACGGGACUGGGAACGGAACCAGGACUGGGAACGGAACCAGGACUGGGAACGGAACCGGCACUGGGAACGGGACCGGGAACGGGACUGGGAACGGAACCAGGACUGGGAACCAAACCAGCACCGGGAACGGAACCGGGACUGGGAACGGAACCAGGAAUGGGCCCAGGACUGGGAAUGGAAAUGGGAAUGGAACCAGCACUGAGAACAGAACCGGGCCUGGGAACGGGACUGGGAAGAGAACCAGGACUGGAACUGGGCCUGGGAACAAAACCAGCACUGGGAAUGGAACCAGGAAUGGAACCAGCACUAGGAAAGGAAUGAGGAAUAGAACCAGCACUGGGAACGGAACCAGGAGCAGAACUGGCACCAGGAAAGGAACCAGGAACGGAACUGGAACCAGAACCAGGAACGGAACCAGAACCAGGAACGGAACCAGAACCGGGAACGGAACCAGAACCGGGAACAGAACCAAGAGCAGAACUGGCACCAGGAAAGGAACCAGGAAUGGAAGCAGGAACGGAACCAGAACUGGCACCAGGAAAGGAUCCAGGAACGGAACCAGGACUGGCAACCAAACCAGCAACGGCACCGGGAAUGGAGCCAGGAACAGAACCGGGAAAGGACCCGGCCCUGUCCUGGCGCCGCUGGUCCUUCCUGAGCCGUGUCCCCCCCCGGUGUCCCGGUGUCCCCAUGUCCCCCCCUGGACACUGGAGCCCCCCAGGAAUCCCGGAGCCCCGGAAGCUUCGCUGCACUUUAUGGCUCCUGCCCUCGGCUGCACUGAUCCCCGUCCCACCUGCCCAGGCUCCUGACGGGCUCCAUCCGUCCAUCCCGGCCCUGCCCGGGGCAACAUCCCACCUCCCACCCCCAGGAACUGCCCCCUGCCCCCCCAUCCCGAGUCCGUGUGUUUCAAGAGUUUGGCUUUGCUCUC